CUUCAAGGUAAAGCAAAACUGACUCAGAAGAAAGUUGCGUGGCAUCUCUUCUCGCAAGGAUACCGUACAACCUAUGCAAUUAGAAUCGAAUCUGAAGAUACUGCCUGAUACCGGUAUGGUGGCAUAUGGCAUCAUCCAUCUGUACUAUGGUGAUGACGAAGGCUGCAAUAGAACCAACUCAGCGAUACCAGACCAUAAAGAGAACCCUUGCUAGCUAGUUAGUAUACAUCUGAACCAUUCGUUUGAUCUUUUGUGUUGUCUUUUCCAUUAAUGGUUCAUUCCUAGCUGCUCCACCGGUACAACUGUCUAGCUAGUGAAUUUCCUUCUUCCUUGAUGAUCGCAAGAUUGACUACAAGGCAUUCAUCCAGCAAGUUCGACCUGACCGUCCUUCUGCAAAGGAAUCGUUUCCAAAGUGGCCAAGGAUACAUACAUUCUUGUUGUCCUUGCAGCUGAGCAUCAGAAGUCUCGUUCAAGGGCUUGUAGCGCAUUCGGCAAACUAAGUGUCUCGGUACAGCAGCCAUGGUUCUCUCCAAGUACUUCGUCGUGGCGGCACAGUUCCUCUUUUGGGGGAUCUUCAUGAUGAUCGAUGCCUACCUGCUGAUUCCAUCGAUAAUUCUUCGUUAUCUAGCCCGCAUCAAGUCUCAAUCCGAAGCAGGGCAGCCGCAGCAGCAGCAGCAACGCCAGGGUGGCUUGAGACAACCACGGCAACGACGGGCCAACACGGUCGUCGUUGUUGGUGGGAGCUUUGCCGGAUUGGCGGCGUUGCGAAAGUUCGAAAACAAUCCUCUCUUUCGUGUCAUUCUCAUUGAUCCAAAACAGUACUUCGAGUACACUCCAGGGAUCUUGAGACUCGUUUGUGAACCUAACUUGUUUCGCAAGCUAGCUUAUCCGCUACCUCAUGGAGCACAUGAAAUUAUUCAGGGAACAGUGACGACCAUCACUUCGGAACGACAGCAGAACGAAGUUACCUAUGUCGACAGUGCCACAAGACAGACCAAGACAUUGCAGUUUGACUAUCUCAUAUUGGCAACGGGACGUCAGUAUCAAUAUCCCGUUUCACCGCUAAGGGAAGAAGCCACCCUUGCAGCAAGGGCAAAUGCCUGGAAGGUUGCGGCGCAGUCCUUGGAACGCGCCAAAUCCAUUCUCAUCCUUGGGGGAGGAGCUGUGGGGACAGAACUGGCAGCAGAGAUUGUAGAUCAUUAUCAUCUUGACCAGGGCAAGAAGGUCACGCUGAUCGAUGCCAGUCCUCGACUGGUACCGCUCUUUGAGGAUGCUAAAGUCUCUGAGUAUGCUGAGAGUUGGUUGAAGUCUCGAGGAUGCAAGCUGCUUUUGGGAGAAAUGCUGAGAAAAUGGGAUGACAAGAGUUGCACUUUGCGGCAUGGCGCGGUGUUGAAGGCUGAUUUGGUCUUCGUCUGCUUUGGAGAUAAGCCCAAUUCGGGACCACUGGUAGCGAACAACCCGCGAGCCCUCACAACCAGCAGUACCGGGACGACUUCUGGCAGUGGUAAUGUCAUUCAGUUGGACCAGCGCAAAUGCAUUCAAGUCGAUCCUUUCCUGGGAGUCCCCAACCGUCCCAACAUCUUCUGUUGCGGGGAUGUGGCCGCACCUCCCACAGAGGAUGCGAAGCAAGCCUUUCAUGCGGAAGUGCAAGGUGGCGUGGCGGCUGAAAAUGUGAUGCGACUCGUUACCGGGCGUCCCUUCGUACAGUAUCCGGAAGACGCCACUUCUGGGAGCCAAAGAAUGCCCAUGGUCUACGUGCUGAGUUUGGGCAGAUUUGACGGCGUCAUUGCUUUCAACCAAUUAAUCAUUCCUGGUGCAUUGGCAUCUCUUGUCAAAUGGAUCCUGGAAUGGACCAAGAUUCGGCAAAUGCUUGGACGACCUGUCGGGAUAUUGAUUUGGAUGUUUGGUGAUGCGGUCACUUUCUUCCUCUCCAAAACCUACCUGCCUCCAAAACCCAAGGAAUCAUAGAAGACACGUCAUGAAGCAAAGCAAGCAACACAACAUGAAAACCAGCGUGACAGCUAGCUACAAUAGCCUCUAUACACUCUCAAGCUCAUCAACAUCCAUUCCUUGUUUCCUUCCAUUUUAUUAUUCUACAAUGACUACUUUGCCUGAAAAGUCCAAGAGACCGGUACCGGAGACAUGUCCUACAGAUGUCAAGUCAUAAGCACGGAAUCCCCACAGGUCAGCAUUGUCCUUGACUUCCUUCCACCAUUGUCUCAUUUCAUCAUUAAGAUUGAUAUCAUCCAACAGUACAAGGCCCUUGUAAGGUGUGAGUGAAUUUACAAGCCGCUUCAGAAACUCCCUUUCAAAGGGUACUGUGUAAGGUUGGUGGAAUGUAUCCAAUACAAUGAGCCACGUUGCCAUGUGUUGGGAGAACUCUUCAUCAGAUAUUUGCAAUAGGUCAAGAUUGUAGAAUUCAAUAUUCACUGC